AUGAAGAAACAUCUCGAUCGUGCCCUUAUUCCGGAAGAGACCGAGUCGUCUCCACACAGUGAUUCCACCAAGGAUGUUGAUGAAAUUGAUGAUUUGGACACCGAGUUUGGAAGACUAGCUAUGGGGAACGGAAGAAGUAGAUACAUGAACAGCACUUACUGGGCCAGUUUGGACGAGGAGGUUGAGGAUCUCAAUAGCCUCCUUCAAGACGGACCAGAAGAAACAGAUCAAUGGGGCAUACAGGCUGCGCCGGGUGGUGGCCCGACAACUCAAGCCAGCAUCUUGCCCUUUGGCUCUUCUAACCAAAACAUUUCGAAACUACAUCCCCCAGCCGAGCAAAUUCCACUAUUUUGGAGUUUGUUCAAACAUAAUUGCGACAGAUUGAUCAAAGUAUUGCAUAUACCGACUGUAGAACCGCUCGUGCUCCAGACUGCACAGCAAAUGAGACACAUGUCAAGAGGGCUUGAGGCACUCAUGAUGGCCGUAUACUUCAAUGUUGUGGUCAGUUUGUCACCAGAGCAGUGCCUCCAAGUUCUUGGGGAUGAGAAGGUCAGCCUUAUUCGGAUAUAUAAGUUCGCGACCGAGCAAGCAUUAGCUCGAGCAGGUCUCCUUGAGACAGAUGAGAUUAUAGUCCUACAAGCCUUCACCAUCUUCCUAACUGCUGUGCGAAUCCACAACAGUGCUCGGCUCAUGUGGACCCUAACCGCGCUUUUAGUCCGACUUUCACAGAAUGCCGGUAUUCAUCGCGACGGGGUCCACUUUAGCCUAAGUCCCUUCGUGGUAGAGAUGAGGCGGAGAUUGUGGUGGUGCAUAUGCGUUCUUGAAUCGCGAGCAUGCGAGGAUACUGGCUACGAUGCUACAAUUACUCCCCAGAGUGUUGAUACACAGUUGCCGCUUAACGUUAACGAUUCGGACUUAUUCCCGGAUAUGACACAACUCCCGCAGCCUAGAGUCGGCCCUACAGAUAUGAUCUUUAGCGUCUUACGUUUUGAAAAUACAAAAAUUUUCCGGCGUCUUCAGUACAUGUCGGCGGAUUCAACACUCGAAGGCUACAAAUUGUCUGCGGCACAGACUUUCGAGAAAAAAACUCAGGCGAUUACAGAAUUUCAGAGCCGGAUUCAGAAACUGUACCUCAAACACUUGGAUUUGUCGGACCCUUUUUCCUAUUUCACUUCUACCAUAUCUCGAAUCAUCUUCACCAAAAUGUGGCUGGUUACUUACCACCCCUCUCUGCGAAAGGUUGACAGUGUAGCCCCUCCUCAGGAUACCAAAGAUCGCCUUUUCACUAUGUCCACUAUGUUAAUUGAGUAUUGGCUUCACUUGAAUGAAGACAAGAGCACAAUUCAGUGGAGGUGGCUUUGUGAAACGUACGUUCAGUGGUACGCUCUUACAUUUUUGCUUUCGGAGCUGUGCGGUCGUACCCACGGUGAAGCUGUGGAAAGAGCGUGGAAGGCGGUAGAUGGUGCUCUCAAAGUCGGACUCAACAUCCACUAUUCUUCCUGUCAAGCAGCGGAGGUCGACGUCUGCCAGCGACCCAGCAUGGAAGGCACUGGCUGCGAAUUAUACAAACCCCUCGGGAAACUUUUAAGCAAGGCUCGUUCGGCCAGAACAAGCUCUCAAUUCCGACCUGUCGCUGAAUAUAUGGGAAGUAGUGAGCAGGGCCCUAGGAUGACUACAUCCGAUUUUUUCUCUGGGGUGCCUCUGCACGACAAUCUUCACACUCCCAGCUAUAUUCUCAAUAAUCCGGCACUGUCCACGGACCAUUCUAUAUGUGAUUCGUCUUGGCUGGAGGAAAACCCGGGCUUUUUCCGUCAAUGGCCUUUCGGGAAUGACACUUCAUCUGAUGUUCAAGUCCAGGAUGAUGUGGGUUUAUGGUCAGAUUGGCCGAUGUACCCACAGGCGGACUUUGUCACUCAAUGA